CUUUUCAUCUGUGCUUUUUCAAUGUUUUCAUUGCGAUGCUCAAUGUUUCAUCCGUUGGAUAUGUAUCCCAGCAUAUCACGGGAUAUUCAAUGGGCCCCUAGAGCUGAUUCGACCGUCUUGACAGGGGUCUGCUUGUUCUCCGGAGCCCCUAUCUCAAUCAUGUCCGCGAAUCCACUUGCAUCUCUCAACCGUUGAAUAUUUUGAGCUUCUGUCCAACGCUUUUCCUCCAGUUUUUUUUCUACCACCGUUUGCCUUUUUUUUUUCCUUCUUCAGGUCGCCCGCCAUGGCGCACAACACUACCUCCUUCCUGGACUUUCUCCCUAUCCCUACCAUCGACAGACCCUUUGGCGUGCACCUAUGGCCGCUCUUCAACCAUGCCUUUGAGCUCGUCACCGGCUAUCCGGCCAACGACUUUACCUUUGUCGUCGGAGCGACGCCCAUGUCCACAUUGACAGAAACCUCGCUCUUCGUAGCCGUCUACUACACCAUAAUCUUCGGCGGCCGAGAACUCAUGCGGCACCGAGAACCAUUCAAGCUGAAAUCUCUCUUCCUGAUUCACAAUCUCUACCUCACCGCCAUUAGCGCGAUUCUCCUCGCGCUGUAUAUCGAGGAGCUCGUCUCGAUUCUUGCUCGAAAAGGUGUAUUCUACGCUAUAUGUAAUCAUGGCGGUGGCUGGACGCAGCAUCUCGUUGUCCUGUACUAUUUGACUUAUCUCACCAAAUACCUCGAGCUGCUGGAUACCGUCUUCCUAUUCCUGAAAAAGAAACCGCUCACCUUCCUGCACUGCUACCACCACGGCGCGACCGCCGUCCUAUGCUACACCCAGCUUAUCGGCCACACCGCCGUCUCCUGGGUGCCCAUCACGCUGAACCUGACCGUGCACGUCGUCAUGUACUGGUACUAUUUCCAGAGCGCGCGCGGCGUGCGCGUCGGGUGGAAAGAAUGGGUCACCCGCCUGCAGAUUAUCCAGUUUGUGAUUGAUCUCGGGUUUGUCUAUUUUGCGUCGUAUACGUAUUUUGCCGCGACGUAUUCGGCGUAUUUUCCUUUUACCGUAUUACCGAGCACCAAAGGAACAUGCGCGGGAGAAGAGUUUGCCGCGUUUGCAGGCAUGGGUAUCCUCAGCUCAUAUCUCGUGCUGUUUGUCUUGUUCUAUGCCGCGACGUAUAAAAAGGACGGCAGGUCGCCGAGCGCGCGCAGGACCCUGCGGCGCAUGUCUCAGGCUGAAGCGCCGCCGGGGGCGGGGGCGGGAGCGGGGAAUAUAGUCACAGGUGGGGGCAAGGCGACGACGGCGACGGGUGUGCAGAAUAUGCAGAAUAGGCAGACGGAUGGCGGUGUGUUUAAUAGAUCAUGGAAAGGGCAGGUGUGAAUGCGGGAGCCAUGGCGAAGGGCAAUGAGUGAUUGGUAAUUGGGCACAUAAGAUGUAGAUGAUGUUAUACGAGGACGGUGGAUGGAUGAAAGGGCUUGAUUCGUGAGACGUCAUUGAAUUAUUAUAAUAGCUGGCUGCUGAAGUCUGCUCGCCAUUGAAAUAUACACACGUAGCACGACCAAGAGGAUUCGAUGAUUCGAUGAAUGAUGAGAUUAAUAAGGUGAAGGGAAACGAGGUUGGGUUCCGCAUCUUCAAUAUCCAGGUCCGAUCAUUUUCUAAGCAUUGGUAUGUUCAUAUUUGGGAGUAUUUUUUGUUCUUCUAUGUACCCAAGUCGUUGUAAUAUCCUCAUAUGAAUCAUCAAAAAAUAAAUAAAUAAAUAAAUAAAUAAAAAUAAAGAAAAAAUGUACUGCAAGG